AUGUGUACUGACAAGCAUAAGAGAGGAUCCAAUUACCACAGCACCACUCCAGAAGAAGGAAACCGCCCUAAGUUUCCAAAACUAGUCGAGGGUAUUGUGGACCAUAGGAGCCGCCGUAGUGACGUCAUAUCUCCUCACUUUGCUUUCAAACUGCACAGCAGCUUGGUUGAGACGCCACCGGCCAGGGUGAUCUCCCGCUGCACCCCAGGAGGAAACUCCACAGACACCGAGACGGAACAACAGCACAAGGAAAUCACCAGGAUCGGAGGACCGCACAUACCGCCAAUGACCGACUUCCUCUCCCACACUCCUCCACCACGGGGACAGGGACACCACCUCCACCAGACACCUCCAUUGUCCACAGUGACUGUGUACCAGACACUCUCUCACAUUUCUGCCUCUGCGAUAGGUCACACUUGGACCCGCGGUUUUAGGGUAGAGAAAGGUGGAAGUACCGCUGACCGGACUCCUGUCUCGUUCUCGUCCAGAAGAUCCAUAAGACUUCCUCUCCCACACUCCUCCACCACGGGGACAGGGACACCACCUCCAUCAGACACCUCCAUUGUCCACAGAAAUGAAAUCUCGCGAGAGACGUACCUGUAUAAUAGGUGGUGGUAGGUUCACAGGAACUAUAUUGAAAAAGGGAGGAGACUCCUGAAACGUCCAGCAGCACGCAUGACGGCGAGCACUUCCACACCCCCUCAGAAUUAGCGUCCACAUGGCCAGGAACAUGC